UCCACAUCAUCAACACCGCCGGCAUUAAAUUUAGAUCAACAUACUAUAUCAAAAAGACCUAAAGCAGUUACACCCGAUAUAACUAUAAUUGAUGAAUUUGACGCGGGAGAACUUGAGGAUGAUUUCUUUGAUGAUGCACCUGAUCCAAGUUUAGUUUUACCUCCUGCUCACCCACCUAAAGUUGAAGAGCAAGAUGAUCAAGAUUCAUCAAACCCAAUGGUUGCUGCUGAUGAAGAUCUUGCUGGGAAUGUAGUAAAUGAUAUAGAAGAUGACCACGAUCACAAUAAUGUUCGUCAAUCAGUCAAAUUCAAUAGUGAUUUGAAUGAUGUUUGGAAACUUCGUCAGAAUAAUACUGCUUCUGCCGGAAAUAUUGAUGAUAGUAGCGAUGAUGAUUUAAUAACAGGUGCAAAGCAGAUGAAUUUAUUGGAUCGUAGACCUUCGAAUGCAGCAUCAUUUGUUGAGAAAUCACGAUUAAGUCAAGUAUUAAGAGAUGAGAAUAAUUUUGAACCAUCAAAAUAUUCAGAUGAUGUUUUAUCAAUGAUUAAUGAUCCUUAUUCUGAUAACACGGUAGUAUCAAAUUCAUCACAGGGCCAUGAUAACUUUAUAGACCCUUCUUUUGACAUAGGAGAUUAUACUCCUAUAGCUUUCGGAACUCCAAGUGCAUAUGAAGAGAUUGGUGAAGGACAAGAUAAUCCUUGGUUGGAAAAAGAUUCUAAUCAACAUCAACAAUCAACAAUAACUCAAUCACGUAAAGAUUAUGAAUUGAGAAAUUCUUCAUCGGAUUAUCAGGUUAAUAUACGAUUUUAAUCUAAUAAGUUAAUUGAAAAAAAAUUUCUAAUUCUUUGUUUGUUUUCAGCCAACACAUCAAAAGUUUCACCUUCAUAAUCCUAAAUUAUUUAGUGAGGGACCAAUAUCUUCCUCUCCAUGGGGAGGGUUAAAUAAUGAUAAUUCACAACAAAAUACAGAGGAAUCAUUAUUAGAUGCUUAUAUUAGAACAAAAGAACAAUCAACUAAUGAAACGGUAAUACCAAAAAAGAAAAAGAAAAAGAAAACGAAUAGUUCUAAUACUAAAGAAGAAAAUAAUGAUGAAAAAAAGAGAGAAAAAUCCAAAAAGAAAAAACCAAAGAGUAAUGAAGUUGAAAUUAGUGACGAUAA